AUGGAGUGCAUUAUUUCUCCAAAUAACGCGCUGCUCUUGGACAAAUUGUUCUCAGUUCCUAUUACAGUUAGAUUAUCAGCUAAUAUGGAAGUUAUUUACCACACGAACGAAGAGUUACGAAAAAUGACCUUGAAGGAGUCAUUUUUCGAGCACUAUGACUGCAGUUGUGCACGGGUCUUCAGCAUACCUAAAACCAAUUUUUUUAUAAGUCAAAUGAGAUUUUUGAGAUUAGUUCUGAGCGGCGAUGUUCUCAUUUUUGAAUUCACUUUCAAAAAUGCUAAACUAGUCAAAUACUUGGAUAUCAUGGUGGCGGAUAGCAUCGAAAUAACAUCCUCUUCUUUUUAUUACGAUAUUGAGGUGGAUUUCACGCUAUUUAACAGUGCCAUUGAUGUUUUUCUACACUACAACCGGGUCGUGCUCAGAGAACGGACAAAUAUGUGGGAAAGAGAAGUGGAAGGGGAACUAGUGAAUGGGUGCAAUCUGAUGGUGAGGAUAGACUCAAAACUGGUAAGGAAAAUUAAGUGGUAUUCAAAAGUGAUGGGAAAGUUUUCGAUUGGUGUGGGAUAUGAGGAACCCGUUAAUCUCGUGUUUGCCGGUCACGGUUUUGUAUACAGCCUUUUUUACGCUGUGUUCACACAAAAACUGUGACUGAAAUGCUGUGGAACAAUGCGUAUCGGUUUGCUUCGGAAUAAUAUUUACGGGAAUUUGACAUAUCUCGUAAGCAGGACAUUAAUAAUAGUUUUCAGAUCGUUCUGGCCGCAAUAAAUAAUUAU